AUAAUUUGGUGUUUAUCUUGUAUGCAUUAGAAGUCACCGAAACAUCAUUGGGGGAUUUCACUUUCCACGGUUUUCUGGUGCUAGAAAAACUUUCAAGCUCUUUCUGUCACUGCAAUGGAGUCCAGUGCUCGGAGGCGAUUGGACUCCAUUUCUCGUCACUUCUUAAAAACCGAUGAAACCACUUAUCUUCUUCAACCGGUUGUACUGAAUAGUGGGCAAUUGAAACAUGGGGAGGCAGAGCCUGUGGUCAUAGGGGGUAUGGUAUUGGAUAUUCAUGCCACUCCUUCAAUACCUGCAAAUCCUAGAACCACUACUCCUGGAAAGGUGAAUUAUGUAUUAGGCGGCGUAGCAAGGAAUGUUGCAGAAUGCAUGUCAAAGCUUGGAACAAAGCCUUUCAUAAUUAGUGCCUUGGGACUUGAUAUGCCAGGAAAUUUAUUGUUGGAGCACUGGAAAUCUGCUGGGCUAUCUACUGAAGGAAUCCGGAAGCAGAAAGACAUUGAGACUGCUGUUGUAAGCAACAUACUUGAUGCGAGUGGAGAGUUGGCAGCUGCUGUCGCAAGUGUGGAAGCUAUUGAGAAAUUUCUUACACCUGAUUGGAUCCAGCAAUUCGAGUGCAAUAUAUCUUCUGCUCCCCUGUUUAUGGUUGAUGCAAACCUGAAUCUUCCAGCUCUAGUAGCUUCUUGCCAAAUGGCUGCCGCAUUUAAGAUUCCAGUAUGGUUUGAGCCUGUCUCGGUUGAAAAAUCAAAAAGAAUUGUAUCAGUUGCCAAGUAUGUUUGUUUUGCUUCACCUAAUGAAGAUGAACUUAUCACUAUGGCAAAUGCUUUAUCUGGUGGAAAUGUGUACUCAUCUGUUGAAAGGGAAAACAGGAGAAAUAAGUUGUCAAUAGAAUCUCUCUUCAAAAUGCUAAAACCUUCAAUCUGGGUUCUUCUAGAGAGUGGAAUCAAAAUUGUUGUUGUGACCCUUGGCUCAGAUGGAGUGUUUUUAUGCUCUAAAGGUGGGCCAAGCUUCAUGAGAACUGGUUGUGAGGGAACCAAACAGAACGCUUCCAAUGGACAAUUAUAUAAACUUGUAACGAUAGGUUGUCCUUCAAGAUGGUUUUCUAGCGUUGUCAAGUCUGAGAGAAGCUCUCAUCUUUUUGCUGUGCAUUUUCCUGCAAUCCCUGCAUCAGUUGUGAGGCUUACAGGGGCUGGUGAUUGUUUGGUUGGUGGGAUGCUUGCUUCAAUUUGUGCCAGUUUGGAUAUCAUGCAAAGUGUGGCAGUUGGUAUUGCAGCUUCCAAAGCCGCUGUCGAGGUAGAGACUAAUGUGCCUCGUUCAUUUAGCUUGGCAUCAAUUGCAGAUGAUGCAAGAUUGGUUUACUCUUCUGCCAAAGUUGUGUGCGAUGAAUCAAUGCUAUAAACCUUUGGAAAUAUUCCUGCUUGAGCUAGCCAAAAGUUCCAUCUCAUUUUUUUCUCUUCUGCCUAUCUGCCCGUUGUCUUGGAAAUUUUCAGAGACAAAACACAGAUUUAUAUAUGCUUGUGAGCUUGUUGAUAGUCAACUAAAACUAUAAUCUCUGGAGUGGAAAUUUCAUUAUUUUGGUGGCCUAACACCCAAAAUCUAUGCAAUUCAAUGACAAAUUACAUGCA